AUGGCAAAGGAGAAGAGGCCCAAAAUCAUGUUUCUUAUUGAAACUAUGAUUGUCACAAAAAGGGUGGAAGGCAUUCGAAGGAAAGUGGGUUUUGAGCAAUGUUUUGUAGUAGAUCCUGUUGGGAAUGGAGGGGGACUAUCCUUAUUGUGGAAGGAUGAGGUGGAAGUGGAGAUUGUAAAUUACUCUAGAUGGCAUGUCAAUGCAUGGGUGAUGGAUGGAGAGUUGAGAAAGAGGUGGCUAUUUACAGGGUUUUAUGGCCAUCUCGAGACAGCAAAAAGGAAGUCCUCUUGGGAAUUGUUGCAGCAGUUGAAACCAGAAGGACAAGUCCCAUGGUGUGUUGCGGGUGAUUUCAAUGAGAUAACCUGUCAGAUGGAGAAAUGGGGAGGUAAGCAAAGGGAGGAAAGUCAGAUGAUGUUGUUUAGGGAGGCUAUAGAGACAAGUCAAUUGUAUGAUCUGGGUUAUAGUGGUGACAGAUAUACAUGGAGCAAUGGACAUUCAGAAGGUACUUUUGUCAAUGAGAGAUUGGAUAGAUAUCCAACAAAUGGUAGGUGGCAGGAGCUGUUUAAGGAAGUGAAGGUUGAGGAGGUGGAAGAUGGAAGCAAGUGUGAGAAAGUCAAGAGGUUAAAAUGUGAAGUGGGCCAGCUGCUAGAGAAAGAAGAUGUAAAAUGGAAACAGAGAGCUAAAAGGAGUUGGUUUCGAGAGGGAGAUAGGAAUACCAAGUACUUUCACGCUUGUGCAAGUCAAAGGAGGAGGAAAAGUAGGAUCAUUCAGAUUUCUGAUUUAUCUGGUAGGAUUUUGAAGGAUCAGGAAGGUAUUGAAGGAGCUUUUAAGAGACACUUUGAAGAAGUCUUAUCCUCGAGUGGUCCAUCGGUGGAGAAGAUUGAAGCUGGAACUCAGUUUAUUAAUCUAGGGUGA